CCUCUCCGAACCCCAGGCCCAGCGUCACUUUGCUUGAAUGUAACGUCCGAACUCUCUCAAACCCAGGCAUGCGAAACUGAUCGGUUUUCCUUUUCUAGAUCUUUGACACAUCAACAGUGCACUGAAAACUGGGCACAACAAACUGAUAGAAUAAUCUGAGGAAGCCACAAGGCACAGGUUUCUGUGGCCUUGAAGUCUGAACAAAAGCUCUUCUUUUCCGAUCCAAAAGCUCUCCAUUUCUCAAUGGAAGACGCCUACGCCAGAUCUGUCACUGAGGUAUUGGAUUUCUUCAGGGUGGACCCACGUAGAGGUCUCAGUGAUGAUCAGGUUGUGCGGCAUGCUAGAAUUUUUGGUAAAAACGAGCUGCCUGAAGAGAAAAGGACUCCCUUCUGGAAGUUGGUUUUGAAACAGUUUGAUGACUUGCUCGUUAAGAUACUGAUUGCUGCUGCGAUUGUUUCAUUCAUUUUGGCUCUGAUUAAUGGAGAGACAGGCUUAACGGCAUUCUUGGAGCCUUCUGUUAUCCUGAUGAUAUUGGCUGCGAAUGCUGCAGUGGGAGUGAUAACAGAAACAAAUGCUGAAAAGGCCCUUGAGGGAGCACUUAAGAGUCUUUGACAAGGAGCUACGUGCCUACCAAGCUGAUGUUGCAACUGUACUACGAAAUGGUUGUUUCUCCAUACUUCCAGCAACGGAGCUUGUUCCAGGGGACAUUGUAGAAGUUAGCGUGGGAUGCAAAAUUCCAGCCGAUAUGAGAAUGAUUGAGAUGCUAAGCAAUCAAUUGCGUGUUGAUCAGGCAAUUCUUACAGGUGAGAGCUGCUCUGUGGAAAAAGAGCUCAAGUCCACGAGAGCAACAAAUGCUGUAUACCAAGACAAGACAAAUACUCUUUUCUCGGGUACAGUAGUUGUUGCUGGUAGAGCAAGAGCUGUUGUGGUGGGAGUUGGUUCCAACACUGCGAUGGGCAGCAUUCGUGAUUCGAUGUUGCAAACAGAAGAUGAAGCGACGCCACUGAAAAAGAAGCUGGACGAAUUUGGUACCUUUUUGGCCAAGGUUAUUGCAGGGAUUUGUGUUCUAGUAUGGAUUGUAAAUAUUGGUCACUUUCGUGACCCUGCUCAUGGUGGGUUCUUGCGUGGUGCAAUUCAUUACUUUAAGAUUGCAGUUGCGCUUGCAGUUGCAGCGAUUCCCGAAGGGCUUCCUGCUGUUGUUACAACAUGUUUGGCUCUUGGAACAAAGCGAAUGGCUCGAUUGAAUGCUAUUGUACGGUCUUUGCCAUCUGUUGAGACCUUAGGCUGCACUACAGUAAUUUGCAGUGACAAGACUGGAACUCUGACUACCAAUAUGAUGUCUGUCUCAAAGGUAUGUGUGGUUCAUUCUGUAGAGCGUGGUUCUGUGAUUUCUGAAUACAGUGUCAGUGGGACAACAUUUGCACCUGAAGGCAUUAUCUUUGAUGGCACUGGGAUGCUGCUUGAAUUUCCAGCCGAAUUACCUUGUCUUCUGCACAUAGCAAUAUGUUCAGCCCUUUGCAACGAGUCUGUUUUACAAUAUAAUCCUGACAAGGGGAACUACGAAAAAAUUGGCGAGUCAACUGAAGUAGCCCUCAGAGUCCUGGCAGAAAAGGUUGGACUUCCUGGUUAUGACUCUAUGCCUUCUGCUCUGAAUAUGCUGAGCAGUCAUGAGCGUGCAUCCUACUGUAAUCACUAUUGGGAGAGCCAAUUUAAAAAGAUUUCUGUUUUGGAUUUUUCUCGUGAUCGUAAAAUGAUGAGUGUCCUUUGUAGCCGAAAGCAGAAGCAGAUUAUGUUUUCUAAAGGUGCUCCAGAAAGUAUCAUUUCUAGAUGCACAAAUAUUCUGUGUAAUGGUGAUGGUUCCACUGUUCCCCUGACAGCUGAUAUUCGAGCCGAGCUGGAAUCAAGGUUUCACAGUUUUGCAGGAAAAGAGACAUUGAGAUGCCUGGCUCUUGCCUUGAAAUCAAUGCCCACGGGUCAGCAUACUCUUUCUUUUGAUGAUGAGAAGGAUCUUACAUUUAUUGGGUUGGUUGGAAUGCAAGAUCCACCCAGAGAGGAAGUGAGAAAUGCUAUGCUUUCAUGCAUGACUGCUGGCAUACGUGUUAUAGUUGUCACUGGGGAUAACAAGUCUACUGCUGAAUCACUUUGCCACAAGAUAGGUGCUUUUGAUCAUCUGGUAGAUUUUGCUGGACACUCUUUCACUGCUACAGAGUUUGAGGAACUUCCAGCAUUGCAGCGAACGCUGGCAUUGCAACGUAUGGCGCUUUUCACCAGGGUUGAACCUUCUCAUAAAAGGAUGCUGGUUGAGGCCCUACAGCACCAAAAUGAAGUGGUUGCAAUGACUGGUGAUGGCGUCAAUGAUGCACCUGCACUGAAAAAAGCAGAUAUAGGAAUUGCAAUGGGUUCAGGAACAGCUGUUGCCAAGAGUGCAGCAGAUAUGGUUUUGGCUGAUGACAAUUUUGCUACAAUUGUUGCGGCUAUUGCAGAGGGAAGGGCCAUAUACAAUAACACAAAGCAGUUCAUCAGAUACAUGAUCUCUUCAAAUAUUGGUGAAGUAGUUUGCAUAUUUGUGGCAGCUGUACUUGGAAUUCCUGAUACCCUUGCCCCUGUCCAGCUGCUCUGGGUCAAUCUGGUUACUGAUGGACUGCCUGCCACUGCUAUUGGUUUUAAUAAGCAAGACUCUGAUGUGAUGAAGGCUAAACCUCGUAAGGUGAAUGAAGCUGUUGUCACUGGAUGGUUGUUUUUCCGCUAUUUGGUAAUUGGAGCUUAUGUUGGUCUUGCCACUAUUGCGGGGUUCAUAUGGUGGUUUGUUUAUGCUGAUAGCGGUCCCAGACUUCCAUACAGUGAAUUGAUGAAUUUUGACACUUGUGCAACAAGGGAGACUACUUAUCCUUGCAGUAUAUUUAAUGAUCGACAUCCCUCGACUGUGUCCAUGACUGUGCUCGUUGUUGUUGAGAUGUUCAAUGCUUUGAAUAAUCUUAGUGAAAAUCAAUCUCUUCUUGUUAUCCCUCCCUGGAGUAAUUUAUGGCUUGUUGCUUCAAUCAUCCUAACUAUGAUCUUUCACGUACUAAUUUUGUAUGUGCAUCCACUUUCAGUUCUCUUCUCUGUAACACCGUUAUCUUGGGCUGAGUGGAGGCUUGUCCUAUAUCUUUCAUUUCCUGUUAUUAUCAUUGAUGAGGUGCUGAAAUUCUUCUCAAGAAAUACCAACGGUAUAAGGUUCAAGUUCAGAUUUAGAAGGCCUGAUAUGCUUCCAAAAAGGGAAUCUCGUGAUAAGUAAGAUGUAUCUUCUGACCCAAAUUUUGCUCACAUUCCUGGUUACAAAGUAAAUGAAUCCUUUUCACGCCUAUACUGCAUCAUCCUUGAAAUGGACAUGGAGCAUUCUUCAUUCAUUAUGAUCUUUAUUCACACUUCAAAGAUAAAGUCACAAGAUGAGAGGUACCCCACACAUUUCCUGAAUAUCCUUGUCUUUCUGUAAUUUGUGAGCAAUCUUAUCCACAAGAUGCCAUAAUAUGUUGUACCAUAUGACAAAUAGGAGGGCCAUCGAUCUUGGGCCUCUUGCACAAAUUAUUUACUAGUUUACAUGCAAUAUUUAAUAUAGGUUUCACAGUCCAGGGUUUUAGGAGCUACUCAAUGAAGUAUUAUGUUGUUAUCCAUAUUGCCUGAUUUGAUCUACCAAAAUUUAAGUUAUUUUCUUUUCCUUAGUUCUUAGAGGUUUAUUACUAAAUCAGAAGUUCCACUGGUUGCGCCAUGUAUGCCUCAUCAUUCAAGGCAUGAUUCUGUAACUGCCUUUUUGGUGAAGAAAGGGCUGCGUUUUUAAGAAACUAAUAUGUUAGCACAAUUAA